AUGGCAAUUAUAGAUUCGGAGGCUGCAUUUCGCUCCCGAGCUUUGCAGCUGGGGCUCACGGAGGCUCACUUGGAUGCGCUCAAGGCUGAUGGGAUUGAUUCUUUUUCAAAGUAUGCUUUCUGCACGACGUAUAAUCCUCAGCAACCGGACGACAAGGUGCUCUUCGAUUAUCUCGAGCAGAAGCUCGGGGAGCGACCCGUUGGCGGUGUGGCAGCAUGUUAUAGGCGACUCAUGUUUGAAGCUCACGCCUUAGCGCUCGCUGAGCUGAAGUCUAAAGUCGAACAGACCUCUGAGUCGGACGCGAAAUCUAUUCCAGCAGCUGAACGUUUGGCCCGUUUGGACGAGCAGAAAAAGCGCCUUUCGGGGAUCCUGUGGUCCGAUGAGGUUGAACCCUCGCACUGGCUCGUGGACCAGACGGUUCAUCAGAUGGAGAAUCAGAUUGUGAAGUACAUUCACCCCAAUAAGUGUUCCUCCAGGCGGCACGAAGCGGGGGCGCAGAAGACCGAGCAGACUUUCGUGUUGGACUCAUCUGGGAACUUGAAGAGCUCUCGUAAAGCGUACGAACCAUCCUGCCCGGUCACAGAUGCCCUGCGCCUCAAAGAGGCCCUGGGGCGACGAUCCAUAGCUUACGAUCAGUCUGGUGCCUUUUCCUACCUUGUUCUGGAGAAAUGGACGCAGACCCUUUUGGAAGCUAUUCAGAGGGAGCCGCCACCUGGCUAUCGGCAUGUCACUUUUCAACAGGCCUUUGAAACGGACAGAUUUUUGUGGUCGAAGGUCAGCGAGGAGACACGUGCAAAGCUCUCCCCGACUGCGAACCCGAACGCGGGCAGCGGGGAUAGCGUGUUUCAGCGCUGGAUGGAUCAGCCAGAGGUGAUCAUGCGCCUUAUGCCAUUGCCUGCAGGUGUCAGUUCCCGUGGCGAGGCCUCAGAAGGGCCAUCAGCAAAGCGCCAGAAGGGAAGUGGCAAGUGGUCCUCUUCCCCAGCAUCCGGGAAAUCAGACGGAAAAAGCAAGUCCAAGGAAGCAAAGAAUCUGAUCCACCCCAUGGACAGACCGCAUGGGGAUAUUCCUGAUGUCUUGAAGAGGUCCGUCUUUGAUCGCCUCACUAAGAGUAACUUUGUGGUCCUCAAAGAGCGGCUAAAGUACAUCUUGCACGUGAGGGAAACCUUGAGGUCUCUCGAGAAGGAUGAGAGGGACUCACAUGCCAGCUUGGGCCCAAGGAUGCAGGAGGUGGUCAAGGGCAAAAAUUUACUUCUUUGGAAAGCCCUGCUGGAGGAAGCCGGUUAUGACGAUUCGGGGGUUUACAAUUUCAUGUUUGAGGGAGUCAAUUUGGUUGGCGCCCACGAACGCACUGAUAUCUAUCCUCCCAAGCUCGUGCCUGCAACCGACACUGCAGAUGCCUUGAGGUGGUCGGCCAAGUGGCGCAGGAAGGCAGUGCUGGGCAAAAAGCCCAUCAAUUCUGACCCAGCAGAGAAGCAGUCUCUGUGGGACGCCACAAUGGAAGAAGUGCAGCAGGGAUUCCUUCAAGGGCCCUAUCAUUCUGAGGAUCUGGUGUCAGCAGCCGUAGGUUGCGAAGACUGGGUUGUCAGCCGGCGCUUUGCAGUUUUCCAGGGUGCGGAGAGCAAGUGUCGGACCAUAGAUGAUUUCAAGGAAAGCGGCAUCAACAGUUGCUUCACCGUUCAAUCUCACCUGACCCUGCAGGAUUUGGACGUGGUGGCAACAAUGGUUCGUAGAGUCGGGGAGUGUCUCUGCGCUGGUCAGGUGUGCUUCGAGCUCACGGAUGGCACAAUCUUGGAGGGGCGUGUUCACCCCGACUGGCACAAUGCUGAGGUGCUAGGUAGGGGCGUGGAUUUAUCCAAGGCAUAUAAGCAGGUUCCGGUCCAUCCUUCAUCGCUACCCUUCACGGUUCUGGCAGUGGAGGAUCCAACCACAGGCCGAGUUGAGAAGCUCAUCAGCAGCUUGGACCGCAUCCGCGAUCAAGGGACUCUUGACAAACAUGAAGCUGCUUCCUUGCAUGGUGCCUUGAAUUUUGCCACCGGAUUCUUUCUUGGUAAGCAGCUGCGUCAUGUAGCCAGAUUCAUGCUCCAGUUUUCGGCCACGUCCACCCAGAAGGGCGUCACGGACUUGUGUUCCUAUCUUGCCUCCUUGCUGCAGCAAUCCAAGCCUCGAUCGGUGUAUUGCAGUCCGCCCGAACCUCCCUGCUUAGUGUUCUCAGAUGCGGCCUGGGAAAAUGAACAAGCAGGAGCGGGCGGGCUCUUCUACGACCCUCGAACGCGUGAGUGCGAGGUUUUCCAGUGCACUGUUCCGAAAUCAUGCAUCAGCCAGUGGUUAGGCGAGGUCGGAUCCCAAAUCAUCAGUCAGUUGGAGCUUUUCACCGCGUUAAUGGCCCGCUGCCACUACCGUGACCGUUUGAUUGGCAGACGCGCCCUCUUUUUCGUGGACAACGAAGCCGCGCGCUUCGGGCUGAUAAAAGCCAGCAGUCCGUCGGUCACAAUGCUUCACUUGAUCAGCUUAUUUCACGAGGAAGACCUUGAUAGCCACAGCUACUGGUGGGUCGAACGGGUCCAGUCCGAUGCCAACCCGGCUGAUGCUCCAUCCCGGGGCAUCGUGGCCGAUUCUCUCAGCAGGUUUGGGGCCUCCCAG